CGCCCCCAGAGCCCGGCCGGCGUGCUUUGCGCCGGGUAGGCCCGGUCGUCGGAGGUGUAGUGGCUGCUCGGGCCGCAGCGGAGGUUUCCAGUGGUGGCAGCACUCAUGGCAGGUCGCCUGUGGCAGGCCACAGCAUUUGUGCAGAGACACAGGACAGGCCUGUUGGUGGGUUCCUGUGCAGCCCUGUUUGGAGCCCAAAUCUCAUACCACCUCUUCCCAGAUCCUGUCGUCCAGUGGCUGUACCAGUACUGGCCUAAGGGCCAGCCAGCCCUACUCUCCGCAGAGUUGCAAAGGCUCUUCCAAGAGGUGCUACAGGACAUAGGCGUCCCCUCAGGCCAUUGGUAUGAAGCCUUCGCUACCUUCACCUUCCAGCCUGUGAGCGCUGGCUUCCCGCGACUCCCUGCGGGGUCUGUGGUGGGCAUCCCUGCCAGCUUUCUGGUUGGCCCACUGACCAGCCCUGAUCAGCCAGUGAUUGUACAUGGGCAAAGAGUAGACUGGCAGAGUCCCGCAGGCACCCGGCUGAGAGAUGCCCUGACCCUGUCCCGUGAUGCCCAGAAGUUCGCCUUGGCCAGGGAGGUGGUGUACCUGGAGAGCAGUGCAGCUGCCCUGCAGGCCCUGCCAGCCCCAGCUUGCCUGGCAGGAACCUGGGCGCUGGGCGUAGGUGCCAAGCAUGCACUGGGGCUUUAUGGAGGCCCCAUGAACUUAAGGGCUGCCUUCAACUUGGUGGCAGCAGUGGCGGGCUUUGUGGCCUAUGCUUUCUCCAUGGACUCUCUCACUCAUGCCAUUGAAGCCUGGUUGGACCGCCGCACAGCUUCUCUGUCUGCAGCCUAUGCCCAGGGGGGUGUGGAGUUCUAUGAGAAAGUUCUGUCAGGCAACCUGGCCCUGCGCAGUCUCUUGGGCAGGCGUGGAGAGGAGCUGUAUACACCCAGUGGGAACAUCGUUCCCAGACACUCGUUCCGCAUCAAACAUUUACCAUACACGACACGCCGGGACUCUGUGCUGCAGAUGUGGAGGGCAACGCUCAGCCCAGGCCACUCCUGAGGGGCUCAUCUCAAGGGCAGCUCCAGCUCCUGCUGGAGCCACCCUUCCAUUGACUCUGACGGGGGUGCUCAUUUGCUGCUUCUGCAUCCACAGCCCACUGUCAGAAAAACCACAGGCUUUGGAGUUAAACAGCCUAGAUUCUACCCCAGCCCACCUCAUGUGACCUCAGUGACCUUGAGCAGUUUUUGAAUCUGAGCCUUGGUUUCCUUGGCUGUAAAGUGGAGAUGAAGUGAACUACCUGCCAGCAUUGUGCACUGGGUGAAAUACAGACAUAGGAGCCAGGCAGAGCCAGCAUGCUGUAAAUAAAUGGGGCAGCUCUCCUUGGUCUUUGAGUACCAGCAGGUGAUGAGAGUCAGGCCACAUCUUAACAUCAGAGGUGCCUGCAGAAUGGAAACAGUCCUACAGCAAAGAGCCACCCUGUAAAUUAGUUGGUGGUCAAAUCCUAAUUCCCUUCUAUCCUGAUAGAGAGUAAAAGCCUGGCCAGGCCUAGAUGAGAAGCCUGUGUAGGCCUGAGAGGCUGGGAGAGGUGAGCUUCAGGCGGGGUUUUACGGGUGUUAUAUCCAGUGCAUAUGGCACAUGCAGACAGCCAGGUGGCCAGCAAGGCACGUGAGGCUCCUGAAGAGGAGAGGUAUUGCUGGAACCUGAUGAGACUUACACCUGGCAGCAGCUCUGGCCAAAGGAAGCAGAAGGAGGCAGCCAUUGCAAACAGGGUCCCUGCAGUAAUGGAGCCCACUGAUGCAAUCCAGAACAUGGUCUGUUCUUGCAGAGAAGAGCAAGGGAGGUGGCCUGGAGGUGGGGGCAGGCUUGGCUCUUGGGCAGUUAGGAAGCAGAGAGUGCAGGUGGGUGAUGGACUGGGCCUGUGUCACACUCAGGACCCAGGGCAGGCUACACCUUUUCCUGCUUGUUUCCCACAAACCCUGUAGCUGUGGACAGAGCAGAUCCCUCUUGGUCCUUGGAUAGGAGAUGCCAGCAGAGGGUGAGGAGCAUCAUGACUAGCAAGUCAGGCUUGCCUCAUCCUUUGUGUGCUCUCUACUGACAAUUAUGUUUUCCCUGGUAGAGUUGAAGAAUUCAGGCCCAGUGUCCUGUAACUAAGACCAAAGGGAUUAGGCCACACCUGGGGAAGGGCACAAAGCUGCAGUACUGGGUGGUGGCAGACAGUUCCUGCAGGAGAUUGGAAUGGAGAGUGAGCGGGUAGUAAUGGCACCGUCCUGCAUACCUCAUGGUGGGCUAGAGCCAGUGCUCUGGCUCCUUUCUGCGGGUCCUAUGGUCAGGCCUGGGGUGGACUGAGCUCCUGAGUCCCUAUAUCAGGUCCCUGUGAUGGCAUCAGGCACAGACGGGAUGAAUGCAGAGAUGGGUGGGUAAUUUAGUGAGUGGGCAAAUGAGUCUGCAGUCUGGGAAACUCCACUUUAAGGGGCCCUGUGGGAUGUCACCCAGCUGCUGCUGACCUGUGUGACCAUCCUAUCUUGGACAGAGUAGUGCAGUUUGGGGUCUCAACUAGGUGAGCUCCACUUUCUCACCACUCCCCACCACUUCUCUCAAUACUGCAGGAUCCAAGCUGGUGGCAUCGGGCAUCUUGGCUGAUCUGCCCACAUGGCAGGGUAAAGGAGCCCCAGUGGUGGGUGGAGCAAUCCCCCGAAACUGCUGCUUGCUUGGUUCCUUCUACUCCAAGUCACAGACUUAGUCUUCACCCCUGGGCUGCUCUCAGUCCCCAUGCAUGCUUUACAUGGCCCCACUCCUAACGUGGGCUCCCAGAGCCUCCACCCCAAGAGCCGCCUGCCUUCUCGCUGUACAUCCCCCAAGCCUGCCUCCAGCUCAAGCAACCCUUGGGUCCAUCCUUACCCACCCCCAUCGACUCCUACUUGAGCCUUCUGGCCAUGGCCCCCACCUUUCCCAACUCUUGGAAAUGCAGGUAUGACUGGUUCUGUUCUGCUUAACGUGCUUUAAAGGCAUCCCUUGCUUUCUGGCUACAGCUGCUCCUCAGCCUAGAUCUGAGAGCCUCUCCAAGGGCCCUGUGUCCCCUCCCUGCCGCUCUGCCUCCUAGCUCCACAGGUAUUUGGGUUCCUUAACUGCCUUCCCCUCCAUCCCCACACAGUACCCUGGAUCCUGGCGCUCUCUCCUGGCCUGCCCUGUGCUCAGUUCUUUAAUGCUGCUCCUGCAGGAGUACCAGGACCUGACUCCAGGAACCUGCCCCAUUCAUGCCCUAUUGUGUGCCCUGUGCGGCCUUACUGCUAACUAAUUAUGUGAUUAAGUUACCUUAGAGUGAGUGCCUAGCGUCUGCUCUGCUGCAGUGUACUGUCUACAAGGGCAAAGUAGUGUGUCUGUUUAUAGCUCUGGACUGCAGCUCUCCAUAAUGUUUUUAAAUAAAUGAACAAGGCUCUUAAGCCAUGACAGAUAGGCCCGGCUUCCUGGAGUCUCUGAACAAUUACAUUAAGGCUGGCUGGAUACCCUGAGUGAAACCAUAUGAAUCCUAUGUGACCCUGUCCUGUCUUCCCAACUUGGGACUUUUCCAAGGACAGGGCCUGGCACUAGUUUUCCAUGAUUGCUGAUCUCAGUGGGGAAACCAGGACACUCCUGGCCACUUCCUGUAGGACAUAGAUUACUAUUCAUGGCUCUAGGGACCCACAAAGGCUUUAAAAGGAAAGUGACCCUCAAAUUUUGGGUUAUAUUGUGCUCCUGCAUACAGACUUGGGGACUGAUCCCAGAACAAUUGAAAACGAUGCUGUAGGGCUUUGCAGAUGAGCCAGUGGCAGGAAGCUACCCUGUAAAUGGUGCCCUGCAUCUUUCCUUCUCAUAUGCCUGCCGCAUGCGUCAAUCAUCAGGGACCUGCCCUUGAUCCCUGGAGGACAGUGUUCUGAGUCAUUGAGUCAUUCCCCACCCAUCACCACAUGUUCAUGCACAGACCCAGAAUUAGACUGAUUGACAGAAGGCUAUAUCAACACACAGAUUACACACACACACACACACACAACCAGACAAAGCCAGGAUACUGGGGAGGGGGGGUUCCAGAGUCAUGCUGUCACUGGUACUGCCCAUCCCUGAUCCUUAAAGGCCCUACUGCCUCUGCCCCCACCAGCCAGUGUUCACAAUACAGGACAAUUUGCAGCAUGCCUGGAGCUGGCACACACACAGACCCUCUGUCCCCACAUGUACAUACAUCACAGGCUGGGUCUCAAAUAGAAAUGUGGGUCCUCUUUCAGUGAGGCCACCUGCUUCCCUCCUGCCCACCAACAUCCUUAUAGUAAUGUUUAUGGGGUCUUUAUUGUGCAUCAGAUACCAUGCUAGGUUCUUAGAGGCACUUCUUUCACUUAGCCCCAAAUUAGAAUAGGUGGUUGGUAAUAUUUCACAGGCAAGGAAAUAGCACAGGAAGGUGAAGAACUUUGCCCCAAAUCAUAAACCUUUGUAAGUGACAGAACUAGGAUUUGAAGUCUGCAGUCUUGUUCUAGAUCCCAUUGGCAAGACCCUACAUUUAUACCUGUUUAUCCUGAGGGUUUCAUUGUGCAAACUGGUACUGUGGCCUCUAUAGCCUUUCUUCCCAUGCUGGUUAGAGGUUGCUUUCCAGCCUCUCCUCUCAUCAGGUCACUGAGCACAGCCUUCUGAAAUUUCCAAGGGAGACCCUUUCAGCUAACUGAAGAGGAAAGGGCCAUCCCCAGUCUGCCAUAUUUAGUGUCCUGACCUGCAGGACUAUCAAUGGGGGUCGACGACCUGGAGUAGAGAAUGAAGGGGCAAGGGACACAAAGAAUGGACAGCAAGACAGGAUGUCUGAUCAAGCUGACACAGUUAUUGUUUGUAGGCUCAAUUUAUACAGGUAGCAAGGAAGGGGUGGGUCAGAAAGUGAUUGGGCCUUAGGUGGCGCCGGGAGCGGAAAACACGGAAGAGAAGCAGGAAGUUGGCCAUCUUGUGGGUGGGGGUUCGAGGGUGAGUUUGCCCCCUGAGGCAGCAGGUGGUCUUAAGCAGAAUGUUGGCAGUAUUAGUAGGUUAUUACAGACCCCUUGGAGGCCCAGCUGAGGACAAGGGCACCUCAGGAGGCAGGGUGAGAGCACAGACUGGGCCCAGCUGUGGGUUCAUAUCCUGGUGCUGCCACUUUAGCAGAGUGACCUUGAAUGAGUGAUUUCAUAUCUAUGACCCUGAAUUUCCUGUCUGUAAAAUGAGGAUGUUAAUAUGUAGCUUAAGAGUAUUGUUUUGAUAAUGAAAGUGAAGUACAAUUUGCAAAAUGUGAAACUCAGUGAGGGUAUACAGUAAGCUCUAAAAGAAGAUUGGUUUCCUAAAUUUUAGUGCUUUCAAGUGGUACAGGUUCCAGGGUGUUCUGAUCUUGGGGUUACUGCCCAAAUGCCAGCAAUUCCUUGAGACUAGAAUCUUCCCAGGGAACUUACUGUUGCCUAAAUACAGGUCUGUGUUUAUAGUUUUUCAAAGUUCCAGUUAGGACAGUUCUUUAGGUUGCUAUCAGUUGAUACAUUUUGGGAAAUUACUUGGUAGCAAUUGAGAGUAAAGAAUCCAUGUGGCCCCAGGGGGAGACACCAGGCUGUAGAAGAGGGCAUUAACUGGAGAUAGUCUUUUAUACCUACCAUACUGGUAUUUUCAAAUACUACAACAUUGUGUUAGAGAGGUUGUGGUAAAUUGGUACAAGCAUGUGCCCUUGGUGACAUUCGUAGUAGGCAUCCUCCAAGGUGGCCCCAAUGAUACCAGCUCCUGGUAUUCUUAGCCUUGAGUCAUCCUCUCCCCCUACUCCCCUUGGCUCAAAACAAUGGAAUACAGCAACAUUAAGAGGCUGGUGCUUCUGUGACUGUUAUAAAAGAGGGUGACUUCUGUCCUGCAGCAGACUCUGUUGUCUUUUUGGAUGCAUGUUUUGAUGAAGCAAGUUGCCAUGUUGGAGAGACCCAUACAUCACAGAACUAAGGGCAGCCCCUGACAAACAGCCAGCUAAGAACUAUGAUCCUCAAUCUAAGAGCCCAUGAGGAAAUCAAUCCUGACAACAACCAUGUGAGCUUCGAAGAGAAUCCUUCCCCAGUUGAGCUUUCAGAUGACCCCCAAGCCUCAGCCAACACCUGUGAGAGUCCCUGAAUCAGAGGACAGCUAAACUGUGUGUGUAUCCUUGACCCACAGGAACAGUGAGACAAUAAAUGUGGGUUGUAUUAA